AUGACUUAUGUUUUUUUAGGAAAAGAUGACAUAUUUGGUGAAAAUCCGCUGUUGUAUGAAGAAGUUGGCAAGUCAUCAUGCAAUGUCCGUGCAUUGACAUAUUGUGAUCUGCAUAAAAUUCUCAGGUAAAA